AUGAGACACACGCCAGCCUCUGCGUUGGACCUGAUCGUGUCCCCGCCCUCCCGGCUCUGCCGGCGUCGUGUAGUGAUAGAUGCAAUCACCGACGCGUCAAGCACCAAGUCCGCACCUCACUACGCUGCGUUCGUGGUCCUCGUUGCAUCCUGCAUGUCCGCGUCGCUGCUGGUGACGCCCGCUGUCUUGUUCCGGCUGCUAGGGAGCGCUGGCUGCGGCGCCCGGUGCUUCUCGCUCGAGCAAGACCUGCUCGUCUCCAUCGAUCACAGCGUGCACCCGUGCGACGACUUCUACCGGCUUCGCGCGUGGCUUAUGAACGUACCUUAUUUUCAACCUUCAGGCAUGUGUGCGGCGGCUGGGAAUCCGUGCGCAAGCGUCGCCACGACGUCCCGGUGUUUCAAGUACCGGCGCUACGCCGACCGCCAAGUGAUCAGCACGCUGCUUGGCCGCAGUAUCCCCCGAGGUUCCAAGAGCGCACUCGACAAGGCGGCUGUGUUUCUGCUGAACUGCCUUGGACAGAUACAGGACCUGUGGGACGAGUAUUCGCCCCCGGCGUACCAAGCGCUCAACGACAGCGAUCUGCGCCUCGCCAUCAACAGCGAGCUGCCGGAUGACUCGCAGCUGUGGUCCGACGACGCUGUGGUCAACCUGCAUCCGCAUCUGUACCAAGCGUUCGAACGCGACCAGCUGAUGGCGGACGAUUUGAGUCGCAAGAGGCUCAAGCUCUGGCUGGGCGCCUACGCCGUUUGGUCAGUGGCUCCGUUCGCCUCCAGGUUUCUCUACUACACCUUGCUCGACGACAUUGGGUACGUUGACCUAUGUUGA